UUUACCUUUCGAUAAACAACACUAAUCAGCAGUUUAUCAGUGCACUGACAAAACAUUUACCAAGUUUUACAAAUAAAGUUAAAUAAGAUAACACCAAGGAACGCAAAGCAAACUGCAUGUUUGCUCUAUAAUUGGAAAAGAGAAUUGGUUUAAAUUCUUUAGUAAAAUUGUCGCCUUGAAAAAUAUAGAUCUGUGGAAAUUAUUUAGCAUUUUCGUAGACGAUGAAACCUAUAAUCAUUGUGCAUGGUGGUGCGGGAGACAUCCCAGACAGCAGAGUCACGGGUAAGCUAACAGGAACUAAAGCUGCUGUUAUUGCUGGCCAUGAUGUGCUGCUGAAAGGCGGGAGUGCACUUGACGCUGUCGAAGCUGCUGUUGUAUCAAUGGAGAAAGAUGAAAACUUCAACGCAGGUUAUGGCUCAGUAUUAAAUUUAGAUGGAGAAGUAGAAAUGGAAGCCAGUAUUAUGGAUGGUGCUAGACUCGAUGUCGGAGCAGUGACACUGAUAAAAGAUUUCUUACACCCUAUUAGCAUUGCUCGUAAAGUUUUAUCUGACUCCCCGCAUUCUUUGCUAGGUGGAGAAGGUGCUAAAAGAUUUGCUUUACAGAAGGGAUUCGAAACAAUACCGCCGGAGUCGUUAAUAAGUCAAAAUGCGAAAGAUGCAUUGCAAAAGUUUUUAAAACAUGGUGAAUUUGGAAGAACUGAGAUCGGCAUCAAAGAUGAGGGUGGUGUAGGCACUGUCGGUGCUGUAGCUGUAGAUGCGAAUGGCCACGUAGCUGUGGCCACUAGCACUGGUGGAAUGAGCGGGAAAGCAGUGGGACGUAUAGGUGACACACCCCAAAUUGGAAGCGGUACAUAUGCAGAUGAUAAUAUUGCUGGAGUCUCAACCACCGGUCAUGGUGAAUCCAUUUUAAAAUAUUGCUUGGCUCAUAGUAUAGUAAAAUUAAUAGAAAGUGGCGUCGAUGCCAAUACUGCUACAAAAAAAUCUGUAUUGGGUAUGACCAAACGACUAAAUAAUACCGCUGGGGCCAUAACGUUGUCGAAGAAUGGCGAUGUUGGAGUGUAUUUCAGUUCUAACCGUAUGUCUUGGGCCUAUGUAAGAGACGGCAAGAUAUACUACGGAAUUGAGCAUGAUCAGGUUUUAGAAGAUGCUUACCCUUCACAAUAAAUGAUGUGCCUGUAA